AGUAACAGCUGAAACGCACCCAGCAGCCGGAGUUUUUAACCUUUUAAAGGCUAUAAACCAUCUAAAGUAAAACCUGAAUACUGAAGCACACGCAAAAAAACAAGGUGAAAGUUUACUUUUUAAAGGGUUAACAGCUGCUGACAUGUAUCAUUUCUGCUACUAUCGGAAUAACGAUAAAUAAUCAUGUAUAUGCACGUAUAUCACGUUGUGACAAAGUAUGUUCGAAAGUUAACAAACUUACUUUCAAGCCUGAAAUACACUUGUACACUUAGCACUAUAAAUAUAUAACGACAACAAACUGGAGUCUUCUUUAGCUGAUUCGUUCUUUGUCCCAUGCUGAAUGUUUCUCAUGGGUCUACUUGCUAUAAAUAACCCAGACUUGACAACUACUAAGGAUCCCAAUGAAAACUGAGCUACCCCUCAUCAACAGCUCCAGCGGAGGAAGCGACUUCUUCACCGGGUUGUUUUGGUUUCCAAGAGGGGGAAGGAGAAGUGUUUUUGGGAGUUGGUACUUUCAAUUGAGUAGAGGAGCUGAACACUUCUGCAGAGAUCGGGGAACGAGGACACUAAAGAGGAGUCCGGCGGGGCAAGAAACACGAGCAGAUGAUCCGACAGUCUGUAAACAAACCCAGAGGUUUGAUUUUCUCCUGUGGUGUAUGUGUGGAGCGUGCCACACACCCACUCCACAACAACGACGGCUUUGGCUUGCAUCUUCCAGUGCUUCUUCUGUCAGCAAGUCCAGCAGAGCUGCAACUCUUCCAGUGCCAGCCCGGACACCAGCGAGGAGCCCUGCCCCACUGACAUGGUGAAGAUGACCAAGUCAAAGACCUUCCAGGCUUACCUGCCGAACUGCCACCGCACCUACAGUUGCAUCCACUGCCGGGCUCACCUGGCCAACCACGACGAGCUCAUCUCGAAGUCAUUUCAAGGCAGUCAAGGAAGAGCUUAUCUGUUUAAUUCAGUGGUGAAUGUCGGCUGCGGGCCAGCUGAGGAGCGGGUUCUCCUCACAGGUUUACAUGCUGUGGCUGACAUCUACUGUGAAAACUGUAAAACCACCCUGGGCUGGAAAUAUGAACACGCGUUUGAGAGCAGUCAAAAGUACAAAGAGGGAAAGUUCAUCAUCGAGCUGGCGCACAUGAUCAAAGACAACGGAUGGGAGUGAUGCUCCUGUUUUCACUCUCUGACCUUGGAAUGCUCUUUAGUGAACUGCAUGGAGCGAUGACCAUCGACCACCUUGCCCCCUCUCGAGCCCCCUCUCGAGUCCCCUUUAAAAAGAAAAACUCCACGAACCUCCACCCCAUCGCCUCUUUCACACAAACACACACCCACCCGCUCAUCGUGAGAGUGAACAGAACAAAUGACAUUUAAAAUAAAAAAGAGGCGACAGAGGAGCAACUGGAGUGCUGUGGCUACUUUGAAGAUUGUGUGUUCACAGAGCUGGAGUUUUUUGGGUUCAGCUUUUUUCACUCACCUCCCCUCCCCUCACCGAACCACGCUACCAAGGGACUGUGGUGAUAUGGCAACCACCAUGUGAAUGGAGAAAGACUUCACUGAGGGGACAUUUGUUUGUUUCCUUUAUUUUGCUCACCAAGUGAGACGGGUGACGAUUAUUUUUAAUGUUAUUUACUAUAUUUUUAUCUUCUGGGUUUGGUAAGGACUUGUGUUACUGGUUAGCAUUUUAUUUCCCUGUCAAGUCUGUCAUGUUAUGUUUUUUUUUGUUGUUGGUUUUUAUUUGCUUAUUACAUCUCUGCCUAUAGCUGGGCAUGCUUUUCUUUGCUAAUGUCCAAAUGAGCUAUCGGGGAGCGGAGGGGAAAGGGAAUUUAUUUUGUAGUUACAAAUAUGUAGCAGCAUCUCGCUUUUGAGAAAAAAGAUGAGAAAGGAUGGGAUGCAGUAGGGUGGGACGUUAUUCCUUAUAUAUCUUUAUUGUUUUAUCUUUUUUUCUGUCUUGCAAAUUUCCUUAACUUCUCCCCCCUCCUGGUACUUCUCAGCACCCAAAAAGCAUAAGAAGCAGCACCUACUAUGUGUUGGACAUAAAUGGACAUAUAACUAUGAAUAUAUAUAUAUAGAUAUAUAUAUAUAUAGAUAUUUAAAUAUGUGUAGUGUUUGGCUAAGUGCGAUUGUGGCUGGUCCCAUUUUGCAGCAGUACCACAAGUUCAAAGGAGCGAAAAUAUUGUCUAGACUGGGGAACCUGACAUCAGUGGCCACAUGUCAUAAAGCAUUAAGGCGGACUGUAUUAUUCCAUUGUCUAGUAAUGAAAAAAUCAGAGACACCACUACAUAUGAAUAUAUAUACACGCAUUCUAUGAUUACAUAAUUACAAAUUCUAUGAAACUGUUCAUAGUUCGUAAAUAUUGGAACAUGGAUUCUAAAUAUGUUUGCUGUCGUGCACAUAUGUAUAUAUGCAUAUGACUUUGUGUAUAUGCAUUGUGUGUGGUCACGCAUUACACAGUGACGUACUUGAACGUUGCUAGUUCGUUUGCACUUUGCAGAGGCCUUUGGUUCAUCUCAGUUUAGAGGCAAAACUUUAGUUCGUUCUCGUAUUUUUCUAUUUAUUUAUUUUUUAAUGGCCUUCUCACAGAUGAAUGAAAGAUUGUUGUAGACGGAAAGAAAGUUUGACCUGGACGGUUUGAGGUGAUUUCGUUGUUUGUUUGUUUUUUGUAGUCAGAUGCUUCUAGCAAUUUUGGUUUUAUUUCAAUAAUAUCAACAAUUGAUGCUUUUCCUCUUAGUUUUUGCUCGAGAAAAUCGAGUUACCCAUUCAUUGCUGUUAUCGUAGAAAUGCGGCCAUUUCCUUCUCGCUCUUGUAGGUCUUUUUGCACUUUAAAUGCUUAUAUGUCUCUCUCUCUUAGAGCAGAUGAAUUGUCUCGUGAUUUGCCUCUAAGCCGUAUGAAUCUUGUGCCUCUUCAAAUCAUGAACAGCCUCCCCUCUUAUUUUUCUGUUGUGUUGUGCAGUGCAUAACUCUGAAAAAACCUUUGUGUGAACGAUGUCUUCCCCCCCUUCUGUGGCCCUCAAAAGAAUUGUUCUUCACAAAGAUCCUCAUAAAAUGAAACUUAUACAUAAACACUUAUAUUUUAUACAUUAAGAUUUAGAGGUGCAAAAACAGAUGGAUAUUUCUCAGAGUAAAGCAUAGAGGAGGAGGUUUGGACCAUGCAGGAUGCCUUAGGCUUGUUGAUUGACUUUUUAUUGUGAGGAUAACAAAAAAGUUGGCAGCAGUUGGAGGUUGGGCAGGGCGGGAUAGGAGAAAUUAAUAAAUCAGCAGUGAUUGAUUACUUUGCCGGCAAGGUCAGUCAGAUCCUAAAAAACGAUGACAAUGCAAACCCUUAAUAUACAGCGGUUAUACAUACUUGAACAUUUAAAGACAUAAACAGCUGAGAUAUUGGCCCGUGUUAAAGUUUUUGUACAUAAACUAACAUAUUUAAGGUUUUAUACGUAUUUCUACUGGGUUGGUUCUUUUACUUCCCCAACUUGAAGCACUUUUGUUCACUGUACCUCUGACUGUGUGUGUCUGUGUGAGUGUGUCUGUGUGUGUGCAUGCAGGUGUAUUAGCCCACAUGCAUGCCUGCACACGAAGGUGAAUGUUUAGUUUCUUUUCCGCAGACACUUUAUUUUUUCUCUUUUUUUUGGGUUUUGAAGUGUUUUUAUUUGUCCUAUUGUUUUCCUUCUUUCGCAGCUGUUUGGUUUCUCUCCAGGCGAUCCGUGAGGUCGAGAGCCAGAUUAGUUUGUUUGGAAGUGAUCUAUCAUUAUUUUAUGUUGUUUUUCUGAUAGCUUGUUUAUUUAGUCUGUCUGGUGAGAGCCCGUUAGAGGGCUGAUGUUAAGGUCUCUGCUGAGCCGUGUAGACAUAGUGGGCGAGCUGGAAUCUCCCACCAUGUCACAGGGAAAGCCUUUACUUAGACCCUUUCACCAUUAUAGUGUCUCCUGUAUAGAGGCUUUCAGGUGAUGAAACGCACCCUCUGGCGGCCAUUUUGGAGGUUCUUAGCUUCUGUCACGCUGGCUGUGUGUAUCUGAUUGUAUUUCUUAAUUUAGCCUGUUUGGACCGAAAAUGAGUGGUUACUUCCCUGAUAUAUUUGAUUUCUUGUUUUGAUAAAGUUAGCUUCUUAGCUAUCGGUGUUCAGUCGCUACAUCAGAGUUGUGGGGAUUUUUUUAAACUACUAUUCAAAUAAAGCACUCAGUAUUCCACAAUCCACUUCGCACAUGUCUUUAAAGAGGAACUGUUUUGGCUGACAGUCAGUGUUUCAACUUUUCACCUGGCUACCAUGACUCAGAAGUUUACUUUACCAGCGAUUGUUUUUACAACUCACUACAUAAAAGCACGCUAACCAACAAAAAGCCUUGAGGCAAGUUGACAGCUGCGUUCCUAGGGAUACUGCACUCGGAAAAUAGGGAUUUGAGGCAUUGUAUAUGAUAUGAAAUUAGCUAGCUCACUCACUCCGGAGUCCGUUUACCUAACGCUGGUCAGCCGCCUGUUCAGCUAAUUUCUGUAACCAGUGUAGUAUGUAAGCAUGGUGGAAUUGGCUAGCUAGCUAGUUUAGUAGUAUGUUGCAAAAACCAAGGGGUUGUCACUACCCCUUGACGCCAGUGUUUGGUUGGGUAAAAGGUGCAACAGAGUACAUUUCUGACUACACAAAGCAGUGAUGCAGGGUGUAGAACCUUCAAACAGAGAAGCAUUCAAACAAAUGUCCUCAGCCUGGUGUUUUGUUUCUCAUUAAUGGUGCAUUUAAGCGAUUACGAAGGGAUCUCAUUAAUAUUUGUGUUCUUGUUUUCAUCAGUGCUAAUUAAAUGGCUACAUUUCAUGAACUCUGGUAUUCACCACUUUGUGGGCCAUUUCCUGGUGAUUCACUUGAAAACUACUGAGACUGAAAGUUCAUGUUUGGCCUGUUUUUUCAAAGAGUUUGAUCAUAUUACAUGAUCUUCCUAGCAAACAGGAGUUAAAACUGUUCAACCUAUAUCAGACUCAUAUCAGAAAAAGUCAAAAUCAAGCCGUUGGUUUAGUUUUAUAACUUGAAUGAUGAACCUUUUCCAAUGACACUGGUAGAUACAUUUUCUACAAACAAACAAAAACUACCUUACCAGACCAUUCACGUCUGCUUAUAUGGUAACUGAAUGGAUUGUUAACUGUUCCAUGCACAGAGCCAGUUCCUCCAACAGACCUCCACAUUGUCGCCAGCAGUGGUUGCUUGCAGAGCCUCUUUACUCGCCCUGUGCUCAGUCAAUCAAAGUUAAAUCAACAAAAAGCAGUUGCCAGUGUCACCGCCGGUGUGUACCAAAAAAGUCCCAGGUCCUACCGAAUGCGUCAGUGUCAUGUGUUAAUGACGGGAAGGAAGUUAGGGGUCGAGCGUCUCCUGGAGGUUUAACUUCUAUACCAAAAUGAAAGUCACGUAUGACAUUGUCUUUCUGUAGAAUGUUUUCAUUCUCUGAACUCAACAGCGUCAAAGCAGCCUAGAUGAAAAUGUUAAUAUUUGCUGCUGAAAAACUGUUUACUUUUUAUUGUUAUUUUUGUUUUAUUGUGACACUGGCCACCUACUUUAUGAGCUCUUACUUUCUAAAUAUGUACCUAAAGAGUAAUCAAAGGCAAGAUUGGUAUACAGGGGAAAAGACUGUACAAGUUAUUUUCUUAGGGCUUUUAAACCACAGUUUAAGUUCUAAAGCAUGUUGUAUUUAUAAUGGCUAUAUGUUGUGCCUGUUUUAUUUUAUUUUUUUCCUAAAUUUAAAACAAAACUAUUAUAUGCUUUUCAUUUGACUACAUUGCUUUGCAUUCUGUCUUAGUAAAGCCAUGUCACAUGUCUGUUUUCACUCUAAUGUAAACUAUCAGAUAUCACAAUAAAUUUUCAAUGGCAUUAAAUUGUGGAUGUGGGAAGUUGUUCUUUUUAGGGACUGUUUUGCAAAUGUAUUGGAAAGUAAACUAUGAUUAUUUAUAUAAAGCAUAUGCUAAAAUGUUGAA